GAGAGCUGAGCACAGAGGGACAGAGGGACAGAGGCCCCCAGAAAUGCUGUUCCCUGGAUGCAGGUUCCGGGCCCUGUCCUCCCUCUGCUUCUGCGUCCUGGUCCUGGCCUGCGUCGUAGCAUGUCAGCAAGAAGGGCCUGGGGGAACCUCGAGCCCCCCGCCAGAGUCGGCCAGUAGUUCCUGGAGCCUGGUUCCGGGCAAGGUGAAGGAGUGGAUGGAGUCGCUGGUGACCAGGACAAGAGAGAGUUGGCAGUGGUUCUGGGGCCCCAGGGCCUUCCAGGGCUUUGUGAAGACCUACUAUGAUGACCACCUGAGGGACCUGGGUUCCCACACCCAGGCCUGGCUCCAAAGCUCCAAGGACAGCCUCCUGAACAAGGCCUACAACCUGUGUCCCCAGCUGCUCUGCGGGGACAGCUACUGACAUUAAAGUGUUCACAGCCUCCGCGAUAAAGGAGUUCUCCUCUGUG